AAAAAAAAAUCCCUCUCUCCCGAUUGGUCGAAUUUAAAAAUAAGACCGGGACAGUUUGGGUUGAAGAAGGAUUUUUGAUGCGAUCAAUAUUUUGGGAAUCCGUUUUCUCACGAUGAUGGAAUCGUGUUUUUACAACAAAUUGGAAAGCGUGGAGCGGGAAGUUAACUUCGACGACUUGAAGAAAGACCUAUUUUCUGAGUUUAAUUCCAUAGACUCCCAGGAGUCUUGUCUGGAAGAGCAUGAACACUUGCAGGUGUACCUUCGCAUUCGACCAUUCACAACAACUGAGAGUGAAAAGGGCGAAUCGCAGGACUGCGUUUCCAUCGAGCGCCCGGACACGGUCCUCCUUAAGGCUCCAAGGACUUCGCUCUCAGCGCGGCUCCGUGACAAAUCGGCUCAACGGUUUCAAUUCUCACAGGUCUUAGGGCCAGAAACCACUCAGAGGGAGAUGUUUGACAGCACAGUGAGAGGCCUCGUCAAGGAGGUUCUUGAAGGUGGAAAUUCUCUCGUUUUCACGUAUGGAGUGACCAAUGCGGGAAAGACAUUCACUUUUCUAGGUCCAGAGGCCAAUGGAGGGAUCCUCCCCAGGUCUUUGAAUGUCAUCUUCAACAGCAUUGAGGGGCGUGUUUACGACCAGAUGACUAUCAAGCCACAGCGAUGCAGAGAGUUCAUCAGGCUCACUAAAGACCAGCAGAGUGAAGAGGCCACUAACAAGAGAAACCUCUUCAGGCUCCUCAAGGAGAGUGAUAACCAGAAAAGCUUCACCAAGACAACCCUGGAAGGGUCCACACCGAGUGACAUCGAGGGGACUGUGACGGAACAACGUUUCAGUCUGGUUGUUGAAGCACACACCAAGUUCUCCGUCUGGGUGUCCUUCUGUGAAAUCUACAACGAGAACAUUCACGACCUGCUGGAGUCCGUUCCGAUCGGAGCCCAGAAGAGAACCACGCUGCGGCUGUCGCAGGAUGUCAAAGGCAACUCCUUUGUGAAAGAUCUGAAGUGGAUACAGGUGAACAAUGCGGAGGAAGCCUACAAGGUAAUGAAGCUAGGGAAGAAGAACCAGAGCUUCGCCAGCACAAAGCUCAACCUCCUCUCGAGCCGGAGCCACAGCAUAUUUUCUGUUCGUAUCCUGCGGAUGGAAGAUGCUAGGAUUCCUCGUGUUAUCUCGAUCAGCGAGCUGUCCUUGUGUGACCUGGCUGGGUCUGAGAGGUGCGCUAAAACUCAGAAUAAAGGGGAGCGUUUGAAAGAGGCUGGAAACAUCAACACUUCCCUGAUGACACUGGGCAAGUGUAUCAACACGUUACGGCAAAGCCAGCAAUCCAAGCUACCACAGCAUGUCCCCUUCAGGGAGAGCAAGCUAACCCACUACCUUCAGGGCUUCUUCUGUGGCCGGGGCAAAGCCUGCAUGAUAGUCAACGUCAACCAGUGUGCCUCCAUGUACGACGAGACGCUCAACGUGCUAAAGUUCUCCGCCGUGGCUCAGAAGGUGGUGGUGCUGACCACCAAGACCGUCCCCCACCUCGCCACCAAAAGGUCGGCCCGGGAACUGUCCAUGAUCAUCAACAACGCAGACAGGAAGUACCUGUUGGGUCAGAAGAGAAGGAGCUCCCUGGUUGGCUGGGAGACCAGUCUGGAGGACGUGCAGGAGCAUGACGACACGGAAGAGGAAGAGGAGAGCGUGAUGGAGACCAUGCAGGAAGUGGACGAUGAUGAAAAGGUUCUCAUCAAUAAAGACACUUAUGAGAGCCAGCUCCUCCAGUUGACGGAGCUCCGGGAACAGCUCCAGAAAGAGAGGUCUGAAAACAUUGCUUUGGAAUCCCGUAUCCGUGACGAGGUCACCAAGGAGUUCUCGGAGUUCUUCUCUGAAAUGCAGACCGAUUACAAGGAGCGUCUGGCCAAAGAGGAGAAGAAUGUCGAGGAGAGAGCAGAGAAGCGUCUAGAGAUCCUGAGAAAUCUUGGGAACAUUAACACCAGUCAAGAGGAGUUGGACAGAGUAGAGCGAGCCACAGAGGACAGCUCGCCAUUGGGAAAGAUGUUUGACUCCAUGUGCAGUGACCUGGCGGGCAUAAAGAAGGCGGCUUUGGAGGCCAAGACGUGUCUGGUGGUCACCCAACCCAGUGGCGAAACCAUCUCCAAUCUGGAAAAGAGAGUGGAUGAUCUCUCGGCGCUGCUGAACCAAGCCCAGGAGCAGCUCACUGUCAAAACCAAUGAACUAGAAUAUUGUUGCAAACAAGCGCGGCAAUCGAACGAACAGCUUGAAGAGGCUAGAAAGACUCUUGAGUCUCAGGAGCUGAAAUUCUCCUACUUCCUGGAGAUGUGUCACGAGAAGGAUGAGAUGAUCACCGCGCUUCAGAACACCGUAGACCAACAGGUCCAAGCCACCAUCAAGAAUAAGGCUACAUUUGACGGCAUCAAAAAUGAGAUCCUGCAACUGAAGAGCAGCUGCUCUUGCUCCAGAGGGGAGAGGCCCAGCUCUCGCGCAGAGAGCCGCAAACGGCUGGUGGACCUCCAGGCCAACCUGGAGGACCAGCCACCCAGCAAGAAAGGUACAGGGUGGGCUCCGAGCACGGCCGGGAAGCCCCUCCCACCGUUUGUUGGGUUGAGAGCAGGGGGUAGAGAGAACACAGCCAAAAGUCGCAGGAACAUCCGCUUAAAGAGGCGACUGUCUGCGCUCAAGAACUCAUCAAGUCAACAUAAAAUAAAAUCCCCACCAUACCUCAGAAGCUUUGCGUCACCUUCAAAGAUAAUUCAACAAGUGUCCAUGUCUUUGUUAGGGUUCCUGGGGAGAGGAGAGGAGGAGAUGGACAGAUUGCACAGGGAGCUGGUGGAGGUACAAAGGGACAGUGGGCUUCUCAGAGACAAGCUGACGGAACAGAAAAGAGAAUUCCCAAAGACCCUAAAGGAGAGUGAGAAAGGGCCAGAAAUGGAGGCUAAAGCCAUGGACCACAGCGAGAACUCUGUAGCUGAGGUCGUGACCUUGAAGGGAAAGAUGGCUGCACUGGAGGAGAAGCAGUGCACCCACCAAACGGAGAGGGAGGCGGUCGUAACCGUGUCCCAGUCGUAUAACGACGAGCUCAUGUCCCAAACGGAGAGAGUGGCAGAGUUGGAGAAGAUGCUGUUUGAGAAGGAGGCGCAGGUGUCAGGCCUGCAGAGGAGCCUGAGGGAGGCGCAGGAAAUGCGGGAGGAUGAGGAGACCGCUACGGUGCAGGAGGCUCGUAAGAGGGAGGUGGAGAGGAGGCGGGAGUUGCUGGCUGUGGCUGAAGAGGCCAUCACUCAGAAGAACGCUGAGCUGGAGAGGAGAGAGCGGGUCAUCACCAGAUUGAAGGAGACGGCUAAACUUGACUCCGACAAAGUGAAGAGUUUGAGCCUGGACCUUGAGAGGAAAGACGACCACACUUCUGAUCUCAAAGAGAAGCUGUCCGACUCUAAAAAACAGAUCCAGCAAGUUCAAAUAGAGAUCAUCUCCAUGCGAGAAGAGGCGAAAUCUCUCAAACUUAAACUGCAGGACUUGGAGAAAGUGAAGAAACGGCAGCAGGCAGACCUGGCUAAUAAAGACAGGACCAUACAGCAACUGAAAACGGAACAGUCUGCUGACGAGAACCUCAAGCUCAAUCCGAACGCCUGUAAAGACCUUCAGGCUAAGGAGCGUAUGAUGGAGGACAUGCGUCUGGCUCUGAUUGAACAGGAGGAUACCCAGACCCAACAGGAGCUGGUGUUAGAGGCCAAACUGGAUGAGAUUGACGCCCUCAUUGAAGAGGUGGAUAAACUGAAAGGACUGUUACGCUACCAAGACAGUGGGAAAGACACUGGAGCCCUGAGAGACAGCCAAUCGGACGAGGCCAAGCUAGCCAUACAGGAAGCAGUUCAGGCUCAAGUGACCUUGAAGCUGUGUACUGAGAAACACCAAGCUGACAAGAGGAAGUGGCUCGAAGAGAAGACGGUUCUGAUCCGGCUGGCCAAGGAGGCCGAGGAUAAGAGGAACCAGGAGAUGAGGAAGUUUGCAGACGGCCGUAAGCGUCACGCCAAGCAGCAAGACCAAGUGGAAGGUCUGGUGGCCCAGCUCAGUGAGAAGGAGCAGGACCUACUGAAGUGGAGGAAAGAGAGGGACUCCCUGGUGACAGCUCUGGAGGUCCAGCUAACCAAACUCCUCUCCAGCAACGCAGACAAGGAUGAACAGAUAGCCAGUCUCCGCUGCCACGCCUCCUCUCAGCCAGCAGAGGGGGACCAAGGCCAGGUGGCGCUACAGGGCCUUCUGUCUGACAGAGACACUGAGAUUCUUAACCUGAAGGAACAACUGAAAACUGCAUUCAAAGCCAGCAGCGAUGCCUCGGACCCUACUAAACACAGAGAGACAGCCAAUCAGCUCUCACAGACUGAAGCAGAGGAGUGCCCUUCCAAAGUCCGUGAGAGGACUCUCCAUGACAACGGUCAACUAGUACACGACGUAAAGACGUCGAAGAGGACCAGUCAGGGGUCUGGGGGCUACCCGUCGGUGCUAGACUCCUCAGAGAUCUCCACAGAAGGAGGCAGGACCAGCCGCUUCCCCAAGCCUGAGCUCGAGAUCUCCUUCAGCCCGCUGCAGCCCAACAGGAUGGCCCUGAAACGCCAGGGAGAGGACGUAAUCAAUGUCAAAAUCACCCGCAAGAGGAAGAGCUCUGAGAUCGACAAGAAGAGCGGAUGGCGCAGUCCAGCUAAAAGGAGAGCAACGCAUGAGCUCCCGUCUCAGGAUGAGGUGCACAAGGAGAACCAUAGAAACCCCAGAACCAGACUGGCUCCUAAACUGGCUGUGCAUCAAGAGGUGCCGUCUCCGGCCUGGGGCAGUAAAGACCCGGGAUCCAUGAGGCCCCAGGACUCCCAGUCCAGCUUGCAUAGCAGGAAAGAAGGAACGAUGCAGAAGAUCGGAGUCUUCGGUAGCAAAGCUAAAAAGAUAAUGGGAUUGGUGAGCGGGAAAUCCCCAGAGACGGAGUCGUCCAUGAGCUUUAGACCCAUGAAGUCUAAGUGGAAGCUGUACAGACCAGAGAUCUCUUCCGCGAUAGACUUCUCCUCCCACCCGAUCAUCAAUGGAGUUCCAGAUGAGAAAGAGAGUGACCGUCUCAUCGUCAAGAGAGAACUCUGGACCGAAGUCAAAGACGCUGCUCUUUAAUGGUACAGGGAAAUGAAUUAAUAGAUUUUUUUUUUAAUGAAGGACAUCUUGAAGUUUACUUUAUUGUUAAGGCCGUUUUUCUUUCUAGAAGACGUGUAUUUUCUGAAGUCACUUCCUCUUCCUCUUAGCUUCCUGUUUUCUUUCAUAUAGUCUUCAUUCUAUUGUAUUUCUACAUAUUUACCGUUGCACAUAUUAUGAUUAUUUCUCUCCAUUCUGUAUAAUAUGAUUUAACAGAAUAUAAUCAACUAUUUUUAUUCUCAGUCCAGAACAUCAUCGUGGUGAAGCAGUAAUCUGAAGAUUUAGUAUAGUACUUUAUAAAAACACAGUAUAGUACUUUACUGUGAUCAUCUCAACGAUGUUCUUGUAAACACAGUAUAGUACUUUAUAAAAACACAGUAUAGUACUUUAUAAAAACACAGUAUAGUACUUUAUAAAAGCACAGUAUAGUACUUUAUAAAAGCACAGUAUAGUACUUUAUAAAAGCACAGUAUAGUACUUUAUAAAAGCACAGUAUAGUACUUUAUAAAAACACAGUAUAGUACUUUAUAAAAACACAGUAUGGUACUUUAUAAAAACACAGUAUAGUACUUUACUGUGAUCAUCUCAGAUGUUCAUGUAAAAACACAGUAUAGUGCUUUAUAAAAACACAGUAUAUCACCUUACUGUGAUCAUCUCAGAUGUUCUUGUAAACACAGUAUAGUACUUUACUGUGAUCAUCUCAACGAUGUUCUUGUAAACACAGUAUAGUACUUUAUAAAAACACAGUAUAGUACUUUAUAAAAACACAGUAUAGUACUUUAUAAAAGCACAGUAUAGUACUUUAUAAAAACACAGUAUAGUGCUUUAUAAAAGCACAGUAUAGUACUUUAUAAAAGCACAGUAUAGUACUUUAUAAAAACACAGUAUAGUACUUUAUAAAAGCACAGUAUAGUACUUUAUAAAAACACAGUAUAGUGCUUUAUAAAAGCACAGUAUAGUACUUUAUAAAAGCACAGUAUAGUACUUUAUAAAAACACAGUAUAGUACUUUAUAAAAGCACAGUAUAGUACCUUAUAAAAGCACAGUAUAGUACUUUAUAAAAGCACAGUAUAGUACUUUAUAAAAACACAGUAUAGUACCUUACUGUGAUCAUCUCAGAUGUUCAUGUGGUAAAAAAACAUCUGUAUGCUGAUGACACAAUUAUUAAUUUAUGCGUAUCUAAUAUUCAGAAGGCUUUUCAGGACUUACAGUACAGGCUUUUGAUGUUAUUCAAAGGCAGCUUUUCCAAUUGAAACUUAAUGCAAGGAAAACAAAAAUGCAUGGUUUUCUCUUCCCUGAAAGUUAACAGAUUGAGUCAACAUGCAGAUUUUAUCUAGAAAAUUCCAGCAAAUUGAUAGGUUCAUCUCCUAUAAGUAUCUUGGGAUUUAGUACUUUAUUGUGAUCAUCUCAACAAUGUUCAUGUAUUUUAAAAAAAUA